CUAUUUCUUACUUAUAUAACGUAAAGUAACUUACACUAAAAUGAUUCCGCAUUACUUACUUUGGAAGAAAUUACAAAGCAAACACUUCAUUGUUCCUGUAAAAGCAGAGUGGGACUCUUUUAGAGGAGCGCAGAGAGAGUCUGAGUAUGUAGACCGUAUGAUCUGCAGAGUCUGCAUGAGCCCAGCUGAUAUACCGAUAACAGAGAAAAUUGAUGACUUAAGCAUUUUAGGUGCUAUACGAGCUGUUGCCAACAUAUGGAUAAAUGAAACUGAUGGCUACCCAAAAUACAUAUGCAUGAUUUGUUUAGAAGAGUUGAAGACAGCACUGAUGUUCAAAAGGAAAUGUGAAAAUUCAGAUAGAAAAUUUCGGAAAUCAUUACCAGAGGAAACUAUAUUUGCAAGCAGUACACCUUCAAUUAUCUACCACGAUUUUGCACAAAUUAUACAAGAUAUGCGAGACAGAAUUAACCGAAGGGUAGCUAAGAGAGUGGUUAAAGAAAAGCCUAAACCAGCUGUUAAGAAAAAAUAUAUAAUACAAGAGCCCAGUAGGGUUUAUAAAUGUAAAAGGUGUGAUGUAGUGUUUGACACUAAGGUAUGUUAGAUGCUACGUAAGUUUACUUGGAAAUAUGUGAGUCUUCAAAAGUUGUAUAAGCGGCAUCUGCCCUUUUUAAAAGUGUCCCAUCACAACAUUUUAGUGCAUAGUUUCCCAAAGUGGUCCCUACAAAGAAGAGUCCUAGGGGCGAUAGGGGCCUAGGCAGCAACUGGGGGGCGAUGAUGCUGUCCAGGGAGUGCUACCGCAUUAAAAAAAAACCUGAAUUAUCUACAUAAAACAAUAUAUUUUCUUUUCUUUGUGUUUUUUGUUUGUUAAUAUAAAAAAUACGUGUUUUCAA